GCCGGAUCCGUCUUUGACAGCCUACCGUAAGGGCGCAGAAAAGCGAAACCUCAAAACAUGUCGGUCUUCCUGUGACUGUACAUUGUGUUUUAUUAUAUCUGCAGCAUGUCAGUGAGCGUUAUAAUUGCGUAAUUUGGUAGAAGGCUCGACACAUCGCAUUAGGGCGAGAUGGAAACUCUUAUUCCCAUCAUUAACAGACUGCAGGAGGUUUUCCUCACAGUUGGAGCCGAGAUCAUCCAGCUUCCUCAGAUCGUAGUCGUGGGGUCACAGAGCAGUGGAAAGAGUUCAGUAUUGGAGAGUCUGGUUGGACGAGAUUUUCUGCCCCGAGGUUCAGGAAUAGUGACUCGGCGCCCUCUGGUGUUACAGCUGGUGAACGUGCCUCCGCUGGAGGAGAGGCGCAGACAAGACAACGGGAAUGGAGCUAAACACAACAGCCAAAACAAUUACCCAGGCAUCAAAGCAGAGGAAUGGGGCACCUUCCUUCACUGCAAAAACCAGAUUUUCACAGAUUUCGGCGAAAUCCGGAAAGAGAUCGAGGAGGAGACCGAUCGCAGCACCAAUAAUAAGGGCAUCAGUUCAGAGCCCAUUUACCUGAAGAUAUAUUCCCCUAACGUACUCAGUCUGACGUUGGUUGACCUGCCUGGCAUCACCAAGGUCCCAGUCGGUGACCAGCCUGAAGAUAUCGAGUCUCAAGUCCAAGAGAUGAUCCUGUCCUACAUCUCCAACCCCAACUCCCUCAUCCUGUGCGUCUCUCCUGCGAACUCAGACCUGGCCACGUCGGACGCCCUGAAACUGGCGCGCGAGGUGGACCCUGACGGUCGCAGGACGCUGCUGGUGGUGAGCAAGCUGGAUUUGAUGGACGCUGGGACGGACGCUCUGGAGGUGCUGCUGGGCCGGAUCAUACCCGUCAGGCUGGGCAUCAUCGGUGUGGUUAACAGGAGCCAACAUGACUUGAACACCCAAAAGAGUCUCUCCGACUCCUGCAAAGACGAGCAGGUGUUCCUGCAGAGGCAUUACCCGUCGUUAGCCUCCCGCUGCGGCUCGCGCUAUCUGGCUCGUACCCUGAGCCGACUGCUCAUGCAUCACAUCAGAGACUGUCUCCCGGAGCUCAAGACGCGAGUCACGGUGCUCGGCGCUCAGUACCAGUCCCGGCUCAACAGCUACGGUCAGCCCGUAGAAGACCACAGCGCCACCUUGCUGCAGAUCGUCACUAAGUUUGCCACCGACUACUGCAACACCAUCGAAGGCACCGCCAGACACAUCCAGACCUCUGAACUGUGUGGAGGAGCUCGUAUCUGUUAUAUAUUCCACGAGACGUUUGGAAGAACCCUGCAGUCUAUCGACCCACUUGGAGGACUCAGCGAACUAGAUAUUCUCACAGCUAUUCGAAACGCUACGGGUCCUCGGCCGGCGCUGUUUGUUCCUGAGGUCAGUUUUGAGCUGCUUGUGAAGAAGCAGAUCAAGAGACUGGAGGAGCCCAGCUUGCGCUGUGUGGAGCUCGUACACGAGGAACUUCAGAGGAUCAUCCAGCACUGCUCUGCUUACAGCACACAGGAGCUCUUGCGGUUUCCCAAACUGCAUGACUCGAUUGUUGAGGUGGUUACCGGCUUACUCAGGAAACGCCUGCCCAUUACCAAUGAGAUGGUUCAUAAUCUAGUUGCGAUCGAGCUGGCCUAUAUAAACACCAAACAUCCUGAUUUCACAGACGCUGCCCAAGUGUCUGCAUCCGUCAACAGCCAGCAGGCGGAGGCUGGGGAUGGAGGGAAGCGGUGGAAGAACGAGAAGAUGCCGUCAGAGGACAAAGGCCCCGUGCCGGGAUUUGGGAGUCCCACUAAAGCCAUCAACCUGCUGGACACGGCCGUGCCGAUAUCGCGCAAGCUGAGCACUCGAGAGCAGAGGGACUGCGAGGUCAUCCAGAGGCUCAUCAAGUGCUACUUCCUGAUCGUGCGCAAGAGCAUCCAGGACAGCGUGCCAAAGACGGUGAUGCACUUCCUGGUGAACUUCGUGAAGGAGCAUUUGCAGAGCGAGCUGGUCGGUCAGCUCUACAAACAGCCUCUGCUGCAGGAGCUGCUCAUCGAGUCUCAGGAAACCGCUCAGCAGCGCACGGAGGUUGCACAGAUGCUCGAGGCGCUCAAGAAAGCCAGUAACAUUAUCUCAGAGAUCCGGGAGACUCAUCUUUGGUAGCCAAACGUUCUCAUGAACAUUCUGUCCAGUGUUUACAUGUUUGUGCGUGCGUGUGUGUGUGUGUGAGUGUACGACAUAGGUCAAAUACAACAUCUGAAGAAAUUCAAUGCCUCUGACGGCGUGAACAUUCAACAAAAUGUGUACAGUUUUCCAAACAGCCCUUAUUUCUACUGUAUAUGCACCGACUCCACAGCUGUGUGUUUGACAGAGGUCAAGCGCGAGUGCGUUUCUACUCAGUACAGUGAACAUAUCAAGUCUCGAGUCGUUAUCUUCGACAUCUUAAAUGCUUUGUAAUGGUCUCAAAAGCUACCGAGAACACAGAGCUUUCAUACACUCCCAUGACUGAAAACGGGAAUCUCGAACUUAAUUUUUUUCCUCAUUGAUGUCAUUCCAAACCGUGUGAUGGUCCAGAAUACAAGAGAUGAAAAAUAUUCUUUCCAUUCGGUGAAAACAUCAAAGGCUUUCGAGGUCUGAAAUGGACCAAAAGCAACAUAAAUGUACCAUAAAUCGUCAUAAAAGUAGUUCAGGCGAUUCGUUCAUUAGCUUUAUGCGAGGAACGGACUGAAAUAUAAGUCAUUGUUCACCGAAUAUAGACGUGGAAUGAUUUGACUAUUCCUUUAAUAUGCUGUAAAUAUCGUGUAAUUAAUGUGUCCAGGAUUACAGUAGAUAUGAGAAACAAAAAAUACGGCCCUUUGUUAGAUUCAGUCGAAUUUGUCCGUGUUGCCACAGUUGUAUGUUACAUUUAAGUUUAGGUACAAGUGCAAAGUUAAGUUAAGAACAUAUUUGAAUGAGAAACUGAGAUGCGGUGUUACAUUUAGAAUAAUUAAAGACGUAACGCUUGGCCGAUGUCUAGUCGUGGUGAAAAAUAAUGUUAAUGCGGUGUGAAGAGCCACAGAACAAAGAGCCACUGUGUUUGGUUGUGCUCCGAAACACUUCAAACCGUGCUUGGAUGUGCCGGAGACUUGACUGCCAUGUAAUAUUUAUGCUCGUAUGAAUAUUUAUUGUGAGAGCGAGUACGCCUGUGUCAAAGAAGGUCAAAUGAGGAAGAACAAAGAUACGAAAGCGCUGGCUGUUUGAAGCACUGAACGGCGAGAGCGAAUAGUGUUCGGUGUCAAAUGCAAACGGUGCGAAAUUAACAGCCGGCACAGACGUGUCCAGCGGGGCCGUGGAGGAUUCGGUAGUUAUCGCAUUGCCUGCUAAAACCGAUAUUAAUGUGCGUAGGCGUUUAUGUUGGGGACAAUGUUGCAUAUUUUUUAAUUUAUUUCUUGCGAUGGGACGCAUUAUGCUUCUCUAGCGACCAAUCAAUCAUGAAAAUAGACACGCCAGGAAGACCGCAAGAAAGGGGAUUAAUAAAAUCAACACGAACAUAUUUAUAUACGUGUUCAAAUAAAUUCUAAGCAUGCUUUUCGUGUUGGCCUCAAACUCAAUACGGUUCAGUUGUGUCCUGCCUUGUUUUAUUUUUUUUUUUUCCAAUUUGUACAUGUUUUAUGAGGCGUCUAAAAAUUCGAAUUCACGUCUUUUGCUUAACCGUACGAUUAACCCCGCCUCUAAACCUUCCCGUCAUUCGUUGUAAAAUGAAUCGUGCGAUUGAGGUUUGUACGAACUUGUACGAAUCGGCCACCUCGGGUCGAGCUGAUAUUCGGGCGGAUGUACUGUAGAGGUCUGAGCAGUUUACUCAUUGGACUGCUUGAUCGAAGUAGGAUCCGUAGAAACGCUUCAGAGGUUGAUGGGGUUUAAUGAGCCCCAUUGCAAUCUCAGCACUAAUUACAUGAUGUAUGUUUCCUGAAGCCGAAACCUGCACUGCAAUCUGAUCCUAUAUAGUCUCUAGCAUCUUUUGUGAAUCUCACGGAGCCCGUCAGUAACACAUUUAGGUCAUAUUUCACACUGAAAUCAAAAGAAAGUUGGAAAAUCACAUUUUAUUUUUAAAAACAUUUUGCACUGUAACAGUUUUCGUCACAAUUGAGCAAAUCAAUUCCCAGAAUUGCCAUCAUUUUAACUAAACAUUUUUUUCAUACUGCUAUUUAGGGGGCAUUAACGCACAUGUAUUUUAAAAUAGUUAUUUGUAUUUCCGCAGAGGGAACGCAGGAUCGUAUGAAAUUACGUAAAAAUGUAAGCAAGCAAAUGAAAAUAUCUGGGCCUCUGGUUAUUUUAAGGUGCCCCUGAUCAUAAUACAAAAAAAAAAAAUCAUUCUCAUUACUCAAGAGAGACACAAAUCUAAUUCUCAUUAUGAUAAUAGCAGAAAAAAAUACUUUCAUUACCAUAAUGCAGGAAAGAAUGCUACUAACAUUAAUAUAAUGCAAGAAAAUCUCAUUCUUAUUACCACAAUACAAAAAAAAUACUUUAAUGUAAAAUAAUCUCAUUACCAUAAAAAAGUCUAGCUACAUUAUUGUCUAUUUACAAUAAUAUAAGAAAAUAAAUAUGAUUCUCAUUACCACAAUGCAAGAAAAAAAAUGUAAUUCCCAUUACCAUAACAAAAAAAUCUUGCUCUCAUUACAAUAAAAAAAAAAUAAAAAAAUCGCAUUAAUGUAAGAAACAAAUUACAUUAAUGUAAGAAAAAAAAAUCAUAUUCUCAUUACCGUAAUUUCAAGGCAAAAAACUUAAUUAGCGUUUUGCCAUAUGUGAAAACAAAAAAAAAAAAUCUAUCAAAAUAGGCUUCAUUUUCUUGAACCAAAAACGUAACUUCUAAUUUCUUUAUGAAAUAUGACCAGGAUGGGUUAUAAAACACCGUCGCUCUCUGUCCAGUUCAAAGUGACGUCUCCACUACAUGAGUGUUUAGUGUGUUUUAACUACAGUAUAUAAGUCAUUCCUGUUGAGCAUGUGUCUGCGAUCAUAUGUGUGUGCCGAAGAGAAUAACUACGUGUGGGAGUUCUCUGUGAAUCAUUUUAAAUAACUUGCCAUUUCUUGACAAAUGCCUUUAAGCGCCUGCCUGCCAUUUUAUUUUUGUGAUACAUGUUGAUGUGCCGUUCACUGUUCAGAACAUCAUUAAAAUUAAAUGAAAAGCU